AUGGAAGCUCCCCCAACCCAAGGAAUCAAGCGCCGGCACAGCGAUCGCCGACUGCACGAUGGCGCCAAACGCGCGAGGAACGAUGUCGCCAGUAACGCCAACGGAGUCAUUGAGCCACGAUUUCUCAUCGUGCACCAAGUGACCUGCACCCGGCAUCCCGACCACCGCGAUGCGCUGUACGCGGACACGCCCCGGCUCUUCGCCGGCGACAGCAGGACGGUAGCUCUGCACGGGCGCACGCGCAUCAACCAAGACAUCUUCAGCGAAGAAUUCGCCGAGGACAACCCCAACAUCAGCUUCAACGUGGUCAAAAGCUACGACUGUGGCCAGUACCACGACCUCCAGCUGGCCCGGGAUGCCUUCCGCACGCUCCCCAUGCCCGACGGCAUCGCCAAGGCACUCGGCCGCUUCAAGUCGCAGCUCACCUUCCUGGACGACGACGGGCCCGAGGCGGACGUCGUGAGCGAGAAGAUCUACUUCAUCGCCAAGGAGCUCAAGGACGCGAUGAAGGACUGCCGGGCCCGGUAUCCGCAGUACUUCAUCGAGACGGAAUUGCCCGAUUCCCAGGACGCGCCGUACCUGGGCAUGUACCAUGCGCGGACGCUCAUGGCGAACGAGAUCCUGCAGCCGACGAGCUGGCUGCCCGACAUGCAACGCGCGCAUACGGCGUGCCUGAUGAACUUCAUCCAGACGUCCCGUGCCCAGGAGUACGCAGAAGCCGAUCACCAGUUUGCCGCGGGCGUGGUUACCAAGCGCCAUUUUGCGAAGUUAUUCGCGCCCGACGACAUCAUCGUUCGGACGACGGACGAAGGGCCGCUUGGUUACAUGGUCUCUGGGUUCCCGCAGAACAGCGACCUUCGCGUCGGUCUGAGCUGCUGGAACUGGGAAUUCGACGGGCGGUUCUUCAGGAAGCGGAGCAAUUGGACUGUAGAAUGGCCCUCCUCUGAGCACACGAUCCACAUGUCGUCGCUGUCGAUAUAUCCUCUGAAGUUCGACCAGGGCGGUGUGAAGGAGAGACUGUAUAGUCGCGGCCAGCAGUUCUGGAAGUGCAGGAAACAGCGGCUCGUGGAGUGCGACUCUUUGACACUGAGCUUUGAGUUUCGAGCAACGUGCAACCGGUUCAUGAUCGACCUGAAUACCUACAGACAGAUGCACCCAGAGGCAAUCGAAGACCACGCCAACGAUGGAAACGGGGUAGAAAACGAAGAGUCCCCUCCCGAGGACGGCUUUCUGCUUCUUCUCCCCGCAACCAUACGCGGCUAUGGCUUCCACGACAAGAAGUGGAGCAAGCUCCCAGUCGAGCAAAUCCGCGACGUAGAUUGGAGCAGCGACACCUUCGACCGACGGCUCGUCCUCAAGCCGCGCAAGAAAGAGCUCAUCAAAGCCCUCGUCACCAUCCACACUUCCAAGAACAAGCCCCAAAAAGCCGACAUCAUCGAGGGAAAAGGAAAAGGCCUCAUCCUACUUCUCCACGGAGGCCCAGGGACCGGAAAGACACUGACGGCCGAAAGCAUCGCUGAGUACGCAAAGCGACCGCUCUACAGGGUCACCUGCGGCGACAUCGGUACCGACCCCGAAAGCGUGGAAAAAUACCUCGAAUCCGUCCUCUACAUCGGCACCAUCUGGCGCUGCGUCGUGCUCCUCGACGAGGGGGACGUCUUCCUCGAGGAACGCACGCCCACCGAUCUCCAACGCAACGCGCUCGUAUCCGUAUUCCUUCGCACGCUUGAGUACUUUGAAGGAAUCCUGAUCCUGACAUCCAACCGCGUGGGCACGUUUGACGAAGCGUUCAAGUCCCGGGUUCAGCUCGCGAUGCAUUAUCCGCCGCUGGAUAGGAAGGAUCGGCUUGAAGUGUGGGACAUGUUCUUUCGGGAUAUGCUGGAGGCGGAGGAGAAGGUGAAGGAAGAAGAGCUAAGUGAUAAGUUGAAUAUGCUGGCGCAGCAUAAGUUGAACGGGAGGCAGAUUAGGAAUGUCAUUAACACUGCCAGGCAGCUAGCGCGGUAUAGGAAGGAGAUACUUGCUUAUACGCAUAUUGACCAAGCGCUGGAGGUUGCGAAUGAGUUUGAGGAGUAUAUUACUGGUACGCGGGGCCAUACCGACGAGGAAUACGCAAAGGCGGAGGGAAUCAGAUGA